AUGGCAAAUUCAACGAACAUCUAUGAUUAUCCAAAAGGAACCGAACGUUAUAGAGUUAGUGGCUAUGGAGCAAUUAUUGUUACUUUAAAUAAAAAUGAUGUUGUGACAUUAAUCGAUCCAGAGGGUAAACAAGCGGCUGAAUUAUUGAUAUUCGACAAAAGAGGCAAUGACCUCUCGAACGUCAAAACAGUAUUCAACACUUUAUUAUCCGAGACAUCGUUUGAUUGUUCGCCAAUAUCAACUAAUUUUUUGACUAUAUUAAAAACAGAUGAUCGAAGGUCCUUAACUGAAGAUAUUAAGAUCGAUUUAGAACGAAUCCAUUCAUCAUUGAGACAGCAUCAUAUCGACUUAUUUAAGAAAAAUGACUUAAAAACAUUAAAACUAUUGAAUGGUAACAGUAUGAACUCCAAAGAACAAUUUCAAAUUAAUACUGAUGAAUCGUUAAUUGCCAUUAUUGGCUGUCCGGGAACUGAGAUGAUUGAUCAUGAGGAAAAUAUUUUACCAGCAACAGAGGUUCUUGUAUUUAUCCAACGGUCAGAUUAUCGUGAACAACAUUCAACACUUCCUCCACCAAUAUUAGGUUGUAAUAUUCGCCUAGAUUUACGUAUUCAAUCUUCAACAGCCCAGUCAUAUGAAAUAAAAGCUGGAGAGUAUAUUCAAAUAAUUGAUGUCGAUGGCAAACAGUGCUCUGACUUUUUAGCAUUUAACAAUAAUAACAAAGAUGGCGAAGAAGAGUAUGGUCUAGAUGUAACAACAACACGUACAUUGAAUGGCAUAGCAAAUCCAAAACCAGGCGUGCUAUAUUCAAAAUUUUUUGACUCUAAAAUGAUUCCAUUGGUGGAAAUCAUACAGGAUACAGUCGGUAGACAUGACACAUUUGGUUUAGCAUGUGCAUCAAAAUACUACGAUGACCAAGGAUAUUUCGGACAUCUAAACUGUACAGACAAUUUUAAUAUGCAGUUGAAACAAUAUUAUCCACGUAUCAAACCAAGAAGCGGAUGGCCUGCAAUAAAUUUCUUUUAUAAUACAGCAUUUGAUCGCUCAAUGGUUUUAUAUCUCGAUGAACCAUGGUCUCGUCCAGGGGAUUAUGUUCUUUUAAGAGCAUUAACAAACAUAAUUUGUGCUUCAUCUGCUUGUCCCGAUGAUAUCGAUGCAGCUAACGGUUGGAAUCCGACGGAUAUUCAUGUUCGUGUUUAUGAUACAACAAUCACACCAAUAUCAAAAGGUAUUGCCUAUCGAAUAACAUCUGAUUCGGUGCCACGCUUAACACGAGAAACAUCAUUUCAUCCAUGUACCUCUCAAUUAACACAAACAUUUGUCGAUUAUAGAAAUUAUUGGCUGGCAACAGAAUAUAGAAAUUAUGGAAUAUUAGAUGAGUAUUGGGGAUGUAGAGAACAUGUAAGCAUUAUGGAUUUAUCACCAUUGAGAAAAUUUGAGAUAUUAGGACCAGACUCAGAAAACCUGCUACAAAUAACAUUAACACGAAGUAUUAAAAAAAUGUCGAUCGGACAAAUUACCUAUACAGCUAUUUGUUCAGGCGAGUAA